GGAAGGGAAGAGAAAAGAAAACAUCCGAAAAGAGAAAAAGAUGGGGAAGCGGAGGAGGCGCGGAGGGGAAGGAAAGGGAAGAGACGGAGAGAUGUAGACGGAGACGUGACCCCUCACAGAACAUACAAACAAAUCAUCUUCCCUUCUUUGUGUGGCAAUCGAUCACCAUCGUGAAUCAGCCAGCCAAUUUAUCCCCCUAAUUUUGAACAAUUCGACAUGGCGAAUUCAACACUCCUCCUGCUUUGAUCCCAUCUCUCCUCCUUCCUCCCCCUUUCCUUCGCUUCCCCCUUCUCAUUCCUUCGAUCUGUCGGCCAGAUGCGGAAGGGGCAAGUUCAGAUGGAGCCCCCGGCGGCGGCGGCGGCGGCGGGGAUGCGGUUCCGAGGUGUGCGCAAGCGGCCGUGGGGGCGGUUCGCGGCCGAGAUCCGGGAUCCGUGGAAGAAGGCCAGGGUGUGGCUCGGCACCUUCGACUCUGCCGAGGCCGCCGCGCUGGCGUACGACGCCGCUGCCCGCGCCUUCCGGGGUCCCAAGGCUAAGACCAACUUCCCUCUCGCCGCCGCUGCCUCCCCUUCCCCUACUCCUGUGUUACGCCGCCCUUUCGCCGCCCGAUUUCCCUUCGGCCACGGCCACCAUGACCUCCCGCCUCCGUCGCUGCAGCGGCCGACGUCGAGCAGCCACAGCAGCACCGUGGAGUCCUUCAGUGGGCCGCGUCUUCCUCCGCCGGUGGUGGCAGCGCUGAGCCAUCGACGUAUGUCGCAGCUGGGGAGGCAGGCCAAACCUCAACCCCAGAGAGUUCUAGAUGGCGACGACGACCGUCACAGUGACUGCGGGUCGUCGUCCUCCGUCGUUGACGACGAGCGUGACAUCUCUUCUGCGUACCAGCAUACACUGCCAUUUGAUCUUAACCUUCUCCCGCCACCAGAUGAUGACCUCCAAGCCACGAUUCUCCGCCUCUGACAUCCUGAUCUGACGCUUAGCAAAGGGAACGUUGCUAAAAGACUUCUAAAGACUGAACCUUCUCGCCAAUGGUCUGGAAGUACAGUUCUGCCAAUACACUCUGAUACACUAAUCCAUACAGCAAAAUGAUGAACACGAAGUAGACGAAGUAUGCACGAAGAUAUAAAUGCCAACAGAGGCUACAAGAUAAGCACGAGAAGGGAAGAAUCAACUUUCUUUUUAUGGUCUGACCGGAAGCUGAAAGUGCUAGAGGUGAGAUGUUAUAGUCGAAGCAUCCCUACUGUUUUGUCGACGUCCCAUUAGUGUUGUCGGUGGGUGUAGAUCAAUAUUUUUUUUUGUUCAGUGUUUGAUUUUGGUCUAUGCCUAUCCAAAUAUUUACUCGACUGAAGCUUAUUUUUUAUAGUUCUGAUUGACUUUGCAAUUGA